AUGCGGGCGUUAACCGAACAGGCAGCCACUACCAAGGACCUGUUAGAAAUCAGUUUCUCGGAUUCCAUACUGAAAGAAAAGUUAAAAUCGGGUAUAUCUGAGAUGAAAACCGGUUGUGCAAACAAUGGGACCUCGGGACUUCCACCAAGAACCAGUUUCAUGAAUAUGGUGAAACCGUCCACUAUUUUUGAACGGCCUUCUACCGGAGUGUUACGUUGCAAUUCUUCCAUGACUAUGGCCGGUUCUAUUGAACGCACUAUUCGUAGUGGAAGAGCUAUGCGCACCGGGGUGGCGACCGGACGAAUGCGCACCGCAAAGGCUUCUAUGCUCCAGGGUGAAAAUGGCGAAUUUAUUCACGUGGCUAGGCUCAAUUUGGCCAAAUAUGCCAAACGACCGGAAGUUGCCAAAUGCCUAUUUGAAUAUUUAUACUACGUGGCCGAGGAUGUCAGAAAUGCGUUGAAUUUGAGUAAUUUUGUUACACAAAAAUCUGAAUGUUCGACUGAGAUGGACAAGAAGAGAUCCAACGAGGCGAAAAUGAUGAGCACUGAUUCGGAUCCAUGGUGGAAGCUCCAACGAGCCAAAUGUUUUGUACGGCUCGGUAUGCUUCGUGAGGCCGAGACAGAAUGUGCGGAAACCAUUCGUUUGCAAACGGCCGCCGAAAUCUACGUAAUACUUGGCAUUAUUGCUUUACGCGCGGACCAGCCUCUGAGGGCGAUCAAGCAUUACGACGAUGGACUAAAGCAUUUCCCGGAUGAUAUUGAACUCCUAUCCCACAAAGCUCAAAUAUAUGAGGAGUUCAACCAGCUGUUCUCCUCCAUUGCUCUCUAUCGAGAAGUGGCUCGAUUGGAUCCGGGCAAUUUCGAAGCGUUGGCCUCCCUGGGCGCCUAUUAUUUUCACGAUGAACAACCUGAAGUGGCGCUUCUAUUUUACAAGUAA